UGCAUUAACAAUCGCGCAGGCUGCACCUGCAGCUCUUGUUAGUGCUAUUCAGAAAAUAUAAAACAAACUACAAACCUCGGGUUUCUAGCAACUCAAUGGUUUCUAUCUCAGCUUCCAGACGCAUCAUGUCUGCAGCGUUUCUUCUUAAGCAUUCACCAGAGAACUUUGUUAGCGCGUCAUUAGUUGUCAUUAGUUGUCAAUACCCCGUACAAACACAUUCUUGGAGCACGACACGUGCCGCAUCAGUUAUUGUCCGAUCGCCAGAACCCUUGGUGGUCCUGUAGAAUUUCAGCCUCGAGUUCUGCCACGGGGCCGACCACCCGGAUCGGCUUUUGCCCCGCCUUAAUCACUUCUCGGCAACUGAGCGACAUGGUCAUGUUGUCCUUUGCAGCUCCCGUUUCUUCCAGCAGCCGGGUUUCUGCUACGCCGUAUACGAUCUGUCCGAUAUUGGCCCAAUACGCGGAUCCUGCGCACAUACAGCACGGCUCGAAAGUCGUGUAGAGAGUACAGUUCCACAGAAACUCCGGCCCGAAUCUACGGUACGCCUCUCUGCACAGCGUCGACUCCGCGUGGUUAAAGGUGUCGAUGUUGCCUUGCUCCAAAAGCACCUCCUUGUGCGGGCCUACCAGAAUGCAUCCAAACGGAUGCCGACCUUCUGCUUUGGCCCUCUGAGCAACUGUAAUGCAGCGGCGCAGGUUCGCGACAACCUCGUCUCUGCCGUGUUGUGUUGGAGUGAGCAUGCUGAAAAAAUCAAUUUGCAAUUUUGCUGGUGCAUGGAUGCAGUAUUUUUAUUUUCACAUUACGCGUCUGUCCAAUGUCGCGCUACAACGUCCUAUGGCGCAAGCAGACGCAGCGCAAGAACAAGACCUGGGACGGCGACGGCGUGCUGGCCGUGGUCAACGACGAGGGCAUUGUGCGCGACGACUCGGGCAAUUUUCUUGCGAGAGUCAAGAACUGCUCAAAAGUGAUCCACAACGGGGUGUUUAGAGGCGGCAGCUACGAGUUCGAGCUGGACGGCGACGAGCCCAUCGACGAGCCGUCUGCCGCGGUGCCGGCAACCCGCGCGGUCUCGGCCCCGCUUCGGAAGGCGCCGCCAAUGCGCAGCGUAGGCCUGCUCAAACGGCCCAAGUUAGCUACCAAAAGCGUCUCGGAGCUCUUGUCGACGCCGGCGCGAACAUCCGUCCCGCCUCGUCGAAACACACAGUCUUUGCACGAUGCGGCGGCGCCAGGUGCUCUGGUGAUGCCACCCCCACCCAACGCAGACAGCAGCGCCGUCAGGAACGUCGUAGUGGACCCCGUGCUCGCUGAAAAUUUACGGCCCCACCAGAAGGAAGGUGUCAAAUUCAUGUACGAGUGUGUGAUGGGAUUUCGCGACUACGAUGGGCACGGCGUGCUGCUGGCAGACAGCAUGGGGCUGGGCAAGACGUUGCAGACAAUCACGCUCGUGUGGACGCUGCUGAAACAGAGCCCUGUAGCAGGAGACCCUCCCGUGGCACGCAAAGUGUUGAUCUGCUGUCCCGUGACUCUUGUGAUGAACUGGAAAAAGGAGUUUCGCAAGUGGCUCGGCCCGAACCGUGUGAGCAUCCUGGCACUGAACGGCUCCUCGAAUAACGACAAGCAGAACAUCCAGGGUUUUGCAAAUACCAACGUCUACCACGUGAUGAUUAUCGGGUACGAAAAAAUGCUCACCGUUGCAGACGACGUUGGGGGCAUCAAGUUCGACUUGGUCGUGUGCGACGAGGGCCACCGGCUCAAGAGCGGGAGCAACAAGGCACUCAAGGUACUGGAGUCGCUUGAUAUCAAGCGCCGGGUGCUUCUUUCGGGCACGCCGAUCCAGAAUGAUCUGACAGAGUUCUACAACGUGGCGAACUUUGUGAACCCCGGCGUGCUGGGCGACUUCAAGAGCUUCCAGCGCAGAUACAUGCGGCCGAUCCUGCGUGCUCGCGAGGCAAACUGCACAAACGGGGCGGUGUUGGAGCAGGGCGAGGCUGCCUCGCGCGAGCUCAUCGAAGUGACCAAAAAAUUCACGCUGCGGCGAACGAUCGAGGAGAUCACCAAGUUCUUGCCGCGUCGCUCCGACUACGUGCUGUUUGCGCCGCCCACAAAGCUGCAGAUCAGGCUGUUCGAAUCGCUACAGAAAACCGCACAGUUUAGCAAGAUUCUCAACGCGGCCCCGGCGAACGACUCGCUGCAGCUCAUCACGACGUUCCGCAAGAUAUGCAACUCGCCGGCGCUUUUGACCGAGGACGCCAUGUUUGCCGGGUUGUGUGGCGUGGACGAGUUGCGCGAAGAGCUCGGCAGCAAAGUGCGCAGCGCAAAAAUCAUUCUUCUGGUGAAGCUCCUCAAAGGCAUUUAUAAACUCAAGCAGGAGAAGGUUGUUGUUGUGUCAAACUUCACCCAGACACUGGACGUGCUGGAGAAACUGAUGAACGUGUUGGAGCUGCCGUUCACGCGGCUCGACGGAGCGACGCCAGCCAACCUGCGUGACAAAAUUGUCUCUGACUUUAAUAAGGCCUCCUGGGACAUGAGUUUUGUGUUUCUUCUCAGUGCCAAGUCCGGUGGCAUGGGUUUGAAUCUCGUUGGAGCAUCCCGAUUGGUCUUGUUCGAUAACGACUGGAACCCGGCUGUGGAUCUGCAGGCCAUGGCCAGAAUCCACCGUGACGGCCAGACAAGACCGGUGCACGUGUACCGGCUACUGACGGCAGGUUGCAUCGACGAGAAAAUCUUCCAACGCCAGUUGAUCAAGACAAGUCUUAGCGACAAGUUCCUGGACGACUCCACAGACUCGAACGAGAACUUCUUCGAUACAACAGACCUCAAAGAUCUGUUUAGUGUGUCGCAGGUGAACUCGAACACGCACAUGUUGCUGGACUGCCAGUGUCCAGGAGACGGCAGAGAGCUCGAAUACGCAGAGCCUGCCAAAAUUAAGCGGGAGCUCAGCUUUAUAUCUGCUCUUAAUUAUCAGGACCCGAAUAUAGACGGGGAGAAGAGAAAACAGCAGAUCAAACGGUGUCUGAUGGACUACCGCCAUUACGACCCGGCCACCGGCGCACGCACAGGCGACCCGGUCAUCGAUAGCAUUAUAGACUCCCAGGAGCCCGGAAAACCGGCCAUCUCGUACAUAUUCAUGAAAAAUUAAUUGCUUCGCUAUUUACCCAACUUGCCCAGACGUGCCUCAGCAGCACGAGCGCGCUGUUCGCGCAAAACGCGCAUUCUCUGCUCGGGCGUCAGUGAGUUGAGGUUCUGCUGCUCGGUGAUGCCGAGCGGCCUUCCACGGCCAAAUUUCCUGCUACGCUCCUCCUCUGCUUGCUGCUUGACCUUCUCGAGCUCCUCGUCUAUUAGCCUUUGGGACUCUUGGUCACUCUGUCUUUUCUCCUCACUAAGAAUUCUUUCCACCUCCUCCUUCGUCAUUGGCUCUUUCACUCUCGCCGCUUCCCAGUCGCAGUAGUCUUCUCCCAAAAUGUUUCUGGCCACCUGGAAGGAGUAUCUUGCAUGCUGCGAAGCAAGUUCGUAGGCUGUGCGGCCGUGGCGGUUCUUGAUGGCUGGGUCGGCUUUCAGGUUCACCAGGAGGACCUGACACAUGUGGCUGAGCUUGUUGGCAGCCGCGUAAUGCAACAUGGUCGGCGUGUUGGCGUAUUCUGUCUCCGGUUGCAACUCCAUGUUGACGUCAAUUUUAUUUUUCUUCACAAACGAAAUCAAAGCCGGAGCUUUUGACCGUCUGAGCAGACUGACCAGCUCCUUGGAAAUCUCUAUUUCUGGUGCCUCCUGUUUGGCAGGCGUCGACUGCUUCUGAAUCCGGCUUCGGGCUAGAGCUUCCUGCUGACGCUGUGCGCGCUCCACCUCGUCUUUCCGUGCCUUAGGCAGGUCCAGUAUCUUCAAAUAGCAGAGUUCAAUCCAGGCCCGUUUGAGCUCAGAUGAUGUUGGUCUCUUCGUGGUGAAAGGGAAAUGUCUGACUCGCGGGUCGUCGCUCUGAAUCGGAGAGUUUGGAUAGCCAACGAUGAUUUUGUGCGACGCUGAUCCGCUCGCCUUGAUGAAUAUGUACUCGCAUUCAUCCAGCUCCUUCUUCCACUCGGCUAACAAAUUACGAAUAUCCUGCUGCAAUGCCUGUUCGUUGUAUCUUCUCAGAGUUGAACCGGCACUUUUGGCCUUUCCCUUAGCAUUGUCACUAGCGUUCUGCGCGCCUCCUUGCUUCCGUCUCGUUGUGUAUCUGUGGAACGUCUUGUGGUGUAAAAUGCGCACGCUCUGCAUUCUGAGCUCCUCUGGCGACCCGCUGUUUCCUUUCGUAUUGAUUCUUUGGUGAGACAUAAUGGCACCUGCAAAAUGACCUCCUCCCAGCAUGAAUAGGGCGCUCUUGCCAGAGCCCAGUGUUGCAAGUUUAUUGAGGCUUUCAAGCGGCUCCUCGUUCUGUGCAUUUAGCACUGUCUUGUAGGCACCAAAACAAAGUCCAGCAUCGAGCAACGAGCUCUGAAAUAGGACGAACGGCGACUGUGUGUUGAGGUAGCUGACAGAAGACUCCUCGUCCUCAGACUCACUUUCCGACCCAGAGAUACUCAGCUGGUCCAUCAUUUCCUCAAAUUGGGCCUCGCUCACUGUAGCGAGUCCGGCAGACGAUCUCUUGCGGUUGAAUCGCUCAAAGUCGUCUUCUUCGUCCCUGGGCUUGGGCCUCGAAAUGUAGCCAAUAUUGGAUGCCGCUUCCCGUUCCUUGGGCUUCGCCUCCAGCGUAUGCGAGUCAAAGUACAUGAGCUCCAAAGAGCCGAGCACGGACUUGCUCAGGCUGAAUAUAUACAAGUCUGAGAGCUCAAAAGAAUGUGUCAUAGAAAU